AUGACGGGCUUACUCUCCUACGCGGUCUUGCUCCUCGCAGGCGCUCUUGUGAAGGCGCACCCGGUCGUGGAGCGCGCAACUGGGCCGUUCCUCUCCCAGGUCAACAACGAGACAUGGGUCAUCGGCAAUGAGCUGUGGAACCUGACGCAGCAGCGCACCUACGGUGUGAAGCUGUUCUACAAGGAGCGCGAUCUUGUUGGAGAUGCUGUGGGCCAUUACGUGUCAUAUAACGGUGCGGCAUCCAACCUUAACUGGACAUCCGCCUCCAUCGCCUCAUCCGGAACGGACGAGUCCGGCCCCUGGAUCGAUGUAUCCUUCACCGCCAUCGAGGGAGACAUGCACUGGGUGAUUCACACCGGGCUGGCCGGGGCGUACCAGUACUUUGUGAACCGCGCGGUACCCGUGCUGGGCGAGUUCCGCACGCUCUGGCGGCUCGACAACACGACGUUCCCGCGCGGGCGCACCAGCCGACGCGACGAGCCCCUGCCGCCGCUGUCCGACUACCUGCCCGAGCUCAAGGUGCAGGACGAGACGUGGCUGCGGCCAGACGGCAGCGGCUACAUCACCAAGUACGACUUCUCGGCGUUCGUGCGCGAGCAGACGGCGUACGGCGUAUACGGCGAGGGCUUCGGCAGCUGGUACAUCAACGCCGGCAAGGACUACUACAACGGGGACCACCUGAAGCAGGAGCUGAUGGUGCACCGCGAGAGCGCGACGGGCGACGCCGUGCAGCUGAACAUGAUCCACGGCACGCACUUCCAGGUCAGCAGCUCGGACGUGUUCCCCGCGGGCAAGGUGUGGGGCCCCUGGCUGUGGUAUCUGAACGGCGGCGACGCCGCGGACGCCGAGGCGCGCGCGCAGGACGAGUUCGCCGCGUGGCCGUACGCCUGGUUCGACGACGAGGCGUACCACCGCCGCGGCAGCGUCAGCGGGCGCCUCGUGCUCUCGGACGGGCGGCCCGCCGCCGGCGCGGCCGUGUUCCUGGGCGACAACGAGCCCAACAAGACGGCCCUCGACAUGGGCGGCGACUACUACUACACCGGGUACGCGGACGCCGAGGGCGGCUUUGCCUUCGAGGACGUGCGCGCCGCCACCUACGGGCUGCAGGCGUGGUCGAACGGCAGCGAGAUCGCGGACGUGACGACGUCGUUCCUGCGCAACGGCGUCGAGGUGGUGGCGGAUGAGGAGACGAGCCUGGGCGCCCUGGACUGGCUGGUCUCCAACAAGACAAAGCUCUUCCAGGUGGGCGACUUUGACCGCUACGCGUACGGGUUCAACAACGGCGGCGCGCCCUACCAGCACGCCCUCGUCGCCUCGUGCCCGGCCAGCCUCACGUACACCGUUGGGUCCUCGGAGACGGAGGACUGGUGCUUCGGGCAGACGUGGCUCGGCAACUGGACCAUCCGCUUCGAGGUCCCGGCCAACGCCAGCGCGUCGGCUGGGUCGGACCAGGCGACGCUUAUUGUAUCCCUUGCCAGUUAUAGCACUGGGGCGAGCUCCAACAUCUUUGCUAAUGAUCAGAUCAUCGGCAACCUGACGAGCGGGACUCCGAAGCUUCUGAACGACCCGGGCCUGUACCGAUCCGCAACGGUGGCUGGUGAGUGGAGGCAUUUUGAGUUUCCAUUUGACGCCGGGGUGUUGAGUGCAGGCUGGAAUACUAUCACGUUCGAGGUCACUAGGAACACUACUUGGAGGGGAUUCAUGUGGGAUAGUAUUGUCCUAGAGUGGUGA